AUGUCACUUAGGUUUCUGACCCCACUGUACGUCGAAACCGGGCUGAAAGCAUGGAUUGCCUCACCCUACAAUACCAAGGUCUUAUGUCUCCAACGCUAUGUGCGUUUCUUUGCAUAUGGAGGCUCUGCCCUCAUUCUAGCCUUGUACCUGUCCAGCCUGAACGUGUCAGACCAGAAAAUUGGCCUAUUUAUGACAUUGACCCUAUUGGGCGAUGUGCUUAUCAGCUUGGUUUUGACCGCUGUCGCGGAUGGCAUUGGGAGGAGACGCAUGCUCGCUGUUGGGGCAUUGCUAAUGACUGCCAGUGGCGUCACGUUCGCUUUGUCUAGUGAAUACUGGAUCUUGGUGCUGGCCAGUGUUCUGGGUGUGAUCAGUCCCAGUGGCAACGAAAUCGGUCCCUUCAAAGCAAUCGAGGAAUCCACGAUUUCACAUCUCACGCCCUCCGCCGAGAGAAGUAAUGUUUUGGCUUGGUACAUUAUCGCUGGUCUCGGAGGCGCCGCUUCAGGAACAAUCACCUUCGGGUGGGUUGUGCAGCAGUUGCAAGUCAAAUAUUCAUGGUCACCUCUUGAGUCGUACCGCAUAGUUUUCUGGGCAUAUGCUGCCUUCGGUCUUGUCAAAUUCGUUCUGGCACUCAUGCUUGGCUCCGAAUGUGAGCUGGCUCCUGAAACCUCGACCCGGCCAGACACCCAUUCAGAGAUAUCAGUGAGCGAAACGUCAGCCCUUCUUCCUCAAGGAGAGGAUUCAACGCCUAAAGUGGCAGUGCAAGGUCAACCCGUCAAGUCAUGGUCACCAAAGACCUUGCUCCCCGGUCUCUCGAAAGAAACUAGGGGUGUAAUUCUCAAGUUGUGUUUUCUUUUUGGUCUUGACAGCCUCGCAUCAGGCCUUGCGCCGGUAUCGUGGAUGUCCUAUUUUCUCCACCACAAGUUUGACCUCUCCGAAGGUCGACUGGGAAGCUUAUUCUUCGCUUGCAAUAUCUUAUCAUCCUCUUCAAAUUUAUUCGCCCCUUCGCUAGCACGCCGGCUUGGCCUCGUCAAGACCAUGGUUUUCACCCAUGUCCCAGCUUCACUUGCCCUUGCUGCGAUUCCACUUCCCAACGACGCUGGUUUGGCCAUGAUGUUUGUCCUCUUUCGCGCCAGUGUGAAUAGCAUGGACCAAGCUCCCCGACAAGCAUUUCUAGCCGCUGCUGUGCAACCUUCUGAGAGAACUGCCGUCAUGGGACUCGUCAACGUCGUCAAGACUCUCUGCCAAAGCGCAGGUCCGGUAGUCACCGGCAUCUUCGCGAAUCGACACAUGUUUGGUCUCGCGUUCAUCGUCGCCGGCGCUCUCAAGAUUGUGUACGAUAUUUUGAUGCUGGCAAUGUUCCUUGGUUAUCGAACCGUGGAGGAACGGGCCGAGGAAAAUAUUGAGGCUGAAAUAGAAACGGAGCGGGAAGAGGGGACAGAUGAUUUCCAAAGCGCUGCGUGA